GAACCAAGAUGGCGGGAUUUGAUGAAGAGUUUGAACAACACUAACUUCAAAAUACAACAAAAAAACUGUCAUGAACUAGCAAAAUAUACUAACAGAAGUCUCAGUUAUCAACAACCAAGGCUACUGGAGUCAUCAGUGGUUUCAAAUCUCAAGAAUUUGUGGUUCGUUCGUUUUAAAAUGUCCCAACAAGAAGGUCAAAGCAGAAGACGUCGAUCACCCCGGGUUUCUUCUUCAAGUUCAAGAUCAAACGAAAGCCUUCACAGCCCCAAAAUCAAUGAAAAUAAUAGUAAUAAGACUCCUUUAAAAGAUGGUGGUGGCUCAGGAAGAAAGGGGAAUUUUUCAAAGAAGGGGGUCCAUCGUACAAGCAGUAAUGAUCAAGUCAGAAAACUGGUGGAAAAAGAGGGGAGAACGGCAAGAAAUCUGGUGACCUGGUCUGUCCCAGUGAAUAAUGAUCACUAUGAAGAGAGAGCAAAAAGAAGCAAGCCAAGAAUAAUGACCAGGAAAAGACAAGUAACCCCAGAGCAAUCAGGGUCUUCAGAACGUGACUGCUCACCUGCAAGUAAGAGUAGCUCAAAGUCUCCAAACCGAGGAAGAGCAGGAAGGAAGACGUCCACAUCAUCAACAGGGAAGAAGAGUGACCUUAGAGCAAGAUACUGGAGCUAUCUGUUUGAUAACUUAAAAAGAGCUGUGGAUGAGAUAUAUAGUACAUGUGAAACAGAUGAAAGUACAGUAGAAUGUGAGGAGGUUAUUAUGAUGCUUGAUCAGUGUCGACGUGACUUUGCCGCUCUCAUUGAGAGAAUAUGUCUUCAGGAUGCUUUUGAAAAAGCUGACUACAAGGACAGACCCACAUCUUUGGCCUGGGAAGUGCGAAAGUCCUCUCCUGGAAAAUCACUUGUCACAAGUCCAUGUACAGUCCAGCCAAUCACUGAACGAAGUGCCCAAAGCCCAGUACGAAGCUUGAACUUCAGCACAGCUUGCACAACAGCCAAUGCCAUAGCCCCCAAGCCAACAGUGCUUGUUCAAUCGAAUGUUAUUAAACAAAAUGGUCCAUCAUGGGCUGACAGAGUCAAGGGGACACAACCAACAGUGGCAAAUAAAAAUUUGGUAGUUCCGUCAAGUACCACAGCUUUUACAAAAAGUCAAGAGCUUCAUUUGAAUGGAGUUACACCAAGAAGUGAGGAUGACCAGGAUGACGGCACUGAUGAGGAAGGCUGGGAAACUGUUCGGCAUGGCAAGAAACAUACGCCACAAGGUACCCAUGGUAACCUUAGAGGAAGUCAACAGAGAAAUAAGAAUUCACCAGAAAAGAAAGAGGUGCACAAUCAUCUUGUGAAUGGAUAUAGGAAUGAUAAUGUGAAUGGGAAUGUGGAUGGGAAGGAUUUCACAAAGCUUAGUGUGAAUGCAAAUACCACUCCAAGGAAGAUUUCCCUUACUUCAGAAGAAGAAGAGCUUGCUACUCAUCUAGAUGACAGUGACCUUGAACAAGAGCAAGCCUUGGAUCUUGAGCACCAGAAGGCUAUCUCAGAUGCAUUGGAAGAAGAAGAGAACCUAACCAAAGAGAUUGAGGAAUGGCAAGAACAAGCCCUUGCUUCGGCUAUUGAACAUGAACAAAGCCUUGCCAGAGAGAUUGCUAAAGAAGAGGCUUUUGUUACUGCAUUGAAUGGAGAAGGGGAGACACCAACCUCCGAGCUAGAGACUGAAACUGAGGGUGAAGGAGAAGGAGAAGGAGAUGAAAACAGUACCGAAGCAGGGGAGAUGAAUCCUUCACUAGAAGACUCUAGCAAGGCCAUCAGCUGGGAAGAUUUGGUUGCAAACUAUGAAGCUGGUAGAGAGACUGGUAUGAGUUGGGGGGAUGCCGUUGAACUAUCUGAUGAAAGACCACCAGGUCGUGCUGUUGCAAUGCACCAGAAACUGUCUGCACCAAACAGGAAGAGACCUUUGGAAGAAAGGAUAAGGAUACACGAAGAGAAACAGUUCAAAGCACAACAAAAAAGAGAGAAACUUUUGGAGGAGAGACUGCAAAAGCUACAGAUGCUGUCAGAAAAAGUUGAGAAGGUCCGUGAUCUACAGGUGGAACUCAUACAAAGCCGCCACUUGUACUUAUCUGAAAAACAAAAAAGGGCAGAACAAUUGAGAAUGACGAUGAUCAAAGAGAAAGUACGGAAAGCAAGAGGCGAAGAAGCUAAGGUGAAUGAAAUCGCUUUUAUCAACACGCUAGAAGCACAGAACAAAAAGAUCGAGGUUAUGUCACGAAUACAGGAACACGAAGCAAGGCUGCAAGAUUUGCAGGAAGAACGCCAAAGAAAAAGAGAAGAACAGCAAGCCAAGGAGGCGGCUGCACAGGAAAGACGUCGACAGUUAGAAGCUGAAAGACUUGCGAGGCUGGAGGAGAUGCAACAAAGAAAACUAGAACAGGAAGCUAAGUAUAAAAAGGAGAAGAUGGAAAAAGAGAAAGCAAGGGAGGAAGCUGCUAGAGAAAAAGCAAGGGACAGAGAAAUGCGCAUUGCGGCAAGAAACGAAGCAUUACAGACAGCAGCUGAGCAACUUCAAAUCAAAAUAAAACAGAAGCAAACGGACUGCACUCGACGACACGAACAACAAUUAGAACAAGUCAAGGAGAAGGCCGCAGGUAUAUCUAGACAUCCCACCCAAGAAGAAGUACCGACAGUAACACCAUACGAAACAAAGAAAAUGUGCACCCUCUGUAAUGUUGAGAUCGUAUCCGAGGUUUAUUUAUAUAGCCAUCUCCGAGGUAAAAGACACCAACAGGCAUUGGCAUUGUUAGAAUCCAGUGGGUCCAAGGGACUUAAUGAAGAUAAGUUGUUGCACCGUAACCGUGCCCUAUUUCUAGGGCUGCAGAAAAUAGUCAAAGAUCUCAAUCGAUAUUUACAAGUGCAAGGAUCAGGUCCCUGGCCUUCCAGUCGUGUCUCAUCCCUGGAUAGAUCUGUUGGGGAACUCAUGAGAAUAUUAGAGGAAAAGGUCGAUAAAUUUACAUUUUGUAGUCUCGGUGGUCUGUCUGCGUUAUCCCAAGUGCUAUCAGUUGUUGACAUAUCCGGCACAAAACCUUCCUCUACUCCUGUUAUAUCGAAUCGGGUUCUUUGUCACGUGAUACACGCAUCGACACAAGCAUGUUUGGACUGUCAAGAGACUAGUCAGUAUAUGGUGUUCACCAACAAGCUGGCCUCUGCUAUAGAUCUCCUUGCCUACCAGUUACGGAACGUCUGUACAAAGCCCCCAACGCCUGAAACUAAUAAGAAGACUUCCGACAAGGAGACUAAGGAUGCCUCGCCUCGUCGUCUAGGCGACACUCUUGUCACAGCUUUAUUGGGUCUCCUAGCAACAGUCAUGGAUUCUCUUGCCCAGUCUCCCAAAGAUGACAAGAAUUCUUCCAGCGCGAAUCAAAGAAAUCUUGAUCUUGUCAGCUAUAUCGUAUGUUCAGAUCUGAUUGACGACAUCCGAGCGCUUCUUAGCUCUAUUCAAGAACCAUUGGACGAAGAACCAUCCAUGAUGGAUAUGGUUCACAACUGCAUCAAACUACUGUCUUCCAUAGCGUAUUACCUCGGUUCAAGAAGUAGCGGUGUUUUUGAAACCAAGAAAGAAGAUGCUACGCAGUUUGUCAUGACGUUCCAGCAAACAGAACUUGUUGGAAUCAUUUCUACAUUAUACACAAUGUUAAUGACCGCUGGCCAGGCUCGACAUUUUUCUCCCCCGCCGUCCCUCCCUGAGUAUCAAAUUAAAGUGGCCACAGAAGGUUUACGUGCUCUCAACAACAUGGCCAAACUUGAUCUCAAGAUUUUACAGAGUUCUUUGGGAGGUGAAGGUGUUUCGCUUGAGUUUCGACAUAUUUUAAGCUAUUUACUUUGGAUUUGUGGUGAAGGCACACCUGAAGAGCUUCUCCAUGAAGUCAUUCUUGUCAUUGGAUAUUUUACUGUCUUGAAUAAUGAGAACCAGGUAUUUAUACAGUCUGGCAGAAACCCAACUCUUCUCCAACAACUUUGUGGUCUACCGUUCCAGUAUUUCAGCGACCCUAGGUUACGAAACAUCUUAUUCCCGACGUUUAUUGCGUCGUGUUACGAAAACGAGGAGAAUAAAACCAUCAUUGAACAAGAAGUGAGCUGCGCCUUACUGGAAAACUUCUUACAGGAUAAAAUGUUAGACAGUCAAGAGGAAGAGAAUUCAUCUCCAACGAAAAUGCUCUCAGCUGAAAAUUCACCAGAUCGUUAUUCCCUGAAUCAUCGUUUCCCACCAUCAUUGUGGGCUAAGGCUGGCGAAUUCCUCAGGGGAAGUUCUUGAAAAAAAAAACAGUACACAGUCGUUUACACCAGCUGGCGAUGAUAUGGGCUGUUUCUGUUCGUGCUAACAAGGGAGCCAGUGUCUAAUAAAGAAGAUCGCUACUAUAUACUACAAACCAGAACCCACGUCUGCUGUGAAGAGGGCAGGCAAAAAAAAAGGGGAUAUAUAUGUCCCAACUAUUCAAUCCGCUUGAGACAGCCUGUAGUCUCCCCCUCAGCGGCUUUUGGUUUUGUCACGUAACGUCCUUCUUAUUGAUGGUUUUCACGGCGGCCAUGUUGGAAGAACUUAACAAAAGAAUUGUCAAUGAAUUCUUUUGUUUUAUAUCCUCCAACAUGGCCGCCGUGUCUUUUGUUAUUUAAUUCUCUUGGGAAUGGUUGAAAACCAUCAAUACAAAAUCAAACCAAUUCGAAACCGAAUCCAAUCAUAGUUUCAGUUGUAAAUUAUACUUUAACCCACUCGAUGUCCGGCUGUGUCAAGAAUGCAAUGCACUACAAUUAUUUAUAUAGUUAUUUAUGAUUACUAAGUUGUACAGCUGCAUAGGUUUUAUAACAUUGUUUUAUAGUGUUGCUAAUUGUUGGAUUUUACUGCUGCUAAAACCACGAAAACCAAUUUUGCAAAUUAAAGAAUGUCCAAUUAUGCGAUACCCCGA